UAUAAAACGGAGCUCCAUCCAAACACGAGCUCAACUCAACUCAAAAGCUCACCCAUCCAAGCAAGCAAGCAAGCCAGCGUAGUCGUCGUGAUCAAUGGCGUCCACGGCGGCAGUGAUGGAGCGCGAGCGCCUCACGGCGGAGAUGGCCUUCCCGCCGGCCGUCGUGGCGGCCGGCGGCGGCGCCAGCUGCAAGCCGGGCGCGGAGCCGCGGAGCAUCGUGAUCAAGAUCCGCCGCCGGCUGCCGGACUUCGCCCGCUCCGUCAACCUCAAGUACGUCAAGCUCGGCCUCCUCUCCGCCGGCUUCCCGAUGCCGCCGUCGCCGUCGUGGGUGGUGAUGCUCGCGCUCGCGGCGGCCGCGGCGUACGGCCUGUUCGACGUUGCCGCGCUCUACGCCGUCGACCUCGUCGGCUGCGCCGCGUGGCUGUGCGCGGCGGCGCUGCUCGUCGCCGUCUGGUACGCCAGGCGGCCGCGGCCAGUGUACCUCGUCGAGUUCGCCUGCUACAAGCCGGACGGCGACGAGCACGAGAUCAGCAAGGACGGGUUCCUCGAGAUGACGGAGAGCACGGGGUUCUUCAAUGGCGAGGCGGUCGCGUUCCAGACCAAGAUCACCCGCCGCUCCGGCCUCGGCGACCGGACGUACCUGCCGCCGGGCAUCCAGGCGCGGCCGCCGCGGCUGUCCAUGGCGGAGGCGCGCGCCGAGGCGGAGGCCGUCAUGUUCGGGUGCCUCGACAAGCUGUUCGCCGCCACGGGCGUCGACCCGAGCCGCGACGUGGGCAUCCUCAUCGUCAACUGCAGCCUCUUCAACCCGACGCCGUCGCUGGCGUCCAUGGUGGUGAACCGCUACCGGAUGCGCGAGGACGUCAAGUCGUUCAACCUCGGCGGCAUGGGGUGCAGCGCCGGGCUCAUCGCCGUCGACCUCGCCCGCGACCUCCUCCAGGCCAACGCCGGCGCCCUCGCCGUCGUGGUGAGCACCGAGAACAUCACGCUCAACUGGUACUUCGGCAACGACCGCUCGAUGCUGCUGUCCAACUGCAUCUUCCGCAUGGGCGGCGCGGCGGCGCUGCUGUCGAGCCGCGGCGGCGACGCGCGGCGAGCCAAGUACCGGCUGCUCCACACGGUGCGCACCCACAAGGGCGCCGCCGACGGGUGCUUCGGCAGCGUGUACCAGCGCGAGGACGAACGCGGGAGGGUGGGCGUGUCGCUGGCGAGGGAGCUCAUGGCGGUCGCCGGCGACGCGCUGAAGACGAACAUCACCACCCUCGGCCCGCUCGUCCUCCCGCUCGCCGAGCAGCUCAAGUUCCUCCGGUCGCUGGUGCUCCGGCGGGUGCUCCGCCGCGGCGCGCGGCGCCCCUACAUCCCGGACUUCCGGCGCGCGUUCGAGCACUUCUGCGUGCACGCCGGCGGGCGCGCCGUGCUGGAGGAGGUGCAGCGGAGCCUCGGCCUCGGCGACGGCGACAUGGAGGCGAGCAAGUGCGCGCUGCACAGGUUCGGGAACACCAGCAGCAGCUCGCUCUGGUACGAGCUCGCCUACGCCGAGGCCAAAGGCCGCGUCCGCCGCGGCCACCGCGUCUGGCAGAUCGGCUUCGGCUCCGGCUUCAAGUGCAACAGCGCCGUCUGGCGCGCGCUCCGCGACGUGCCGCCCGUCUCCUCCGGCGCCGGCGACGGCGAGGAGGAGCGCCGCCGCGUGAGCUGCAACCCGUGGGUGGACAGCGUGGAGAGCUACCCGCCAAAAGCAUACAUUUGAUGAUCUUUUGUGAUUGCUGUCGUUCAGUUGCAAUCCACGAGAUUUGCAUGAUGACUAUACACGUACCCAGCAGAACGCUACACUAAUUAUUAGACUUGCUCAACUAGUGUGUUGUUAAAUAUUCUGUUAAUCAAUUUGUCUUUCAGAUUAUAGGGCCACAGUUUGAAAUUUAAAUAUAUGCAUGUAACAAUUUCUUUUUUUCAACUGUGUAUAUAUAUACGAAUUCUUUAUAUAUGCCAAAUUUUGUCA